CAGCCACCAUCAGCUAGCAACUGGACACACUGAAGACCGAGAUCAGGCAGCGACAACAACCGUCUGACCCUGAUCGCAGCACCAACACGGCAAAGCAUUCCAAGAUGCCGACUUUCCGGAUCGAGAAGUUCGAUGAUUACACACAUCAAGACCCGGUCGUCUGGUGGCAAGGAUUCACAACGCAGUUGGGGAUUCAUGAGGUCCCCGAACAUCUGUUCAUCGGCGCGCUGUUCCUUAGCGCCAAGGGAGGAUGCCAGAUCUGGCUCAGCCAUAUGGCAACCGUUCACGGCGUCCAGGUCUUCGACCUACACAAGAAGGUCUCCUAUCUGACUAAGGAAUGGAAGACGCGGUUCAUCGUUGACGACGCCUCGACGCUCGCCAUCAACCGCAUUUUCACGGUGGCUCAAGGAAACACAGCGACACGUGAUUGGCUCACGGAUUGGCAGAAGAUCGUGGCGACACCCGAUCUGGACUUGCCAUUUCCGCAUCUGCGCCGGGAGUUCUACAACCGGUCAUGCGCCGCUUUGAGCCUCGCACUUGGUGAUCGCGAGCAGUACAACACCUUCGCUGAAAUCAUCAACAAGGCGAGGGAGAUCAUCAAGACAAACAUGGCAACUGCACAUGAGAAAUCAGCAUGGCAGCCAACCUAUGUGGAGAAGGUGAGAACUGGUCCGCGACCGCAGCAUGUCGCUGCGGUCCAAUCGGACAACAUUGUGGAAGACCCGGCAACCACCCAAGCGUCACGUGAGGGAGAUCAGGUGGCUGCUGAUCAGCCGCGAAGCAACAACAAGUCCCGAGGAAACGGGAAGGCGAAAACCGCAUCGCCGGCCGGAAACGGACAGCCAGCACCAUGGGUCAAGUUUCAUUUGACCGAGGCGGAAUACAAGUGGCGCGGCCGCUACGGCUGCUGCUAUUGGUGCAACAACACCAAGCACAAGACCUCCCAAUGCCCGGAUCAAGGCAAGGAGGAUGUUCGGCCUCGUAAUUCGGCCGCCUUGCUAGCAGCCUCUUACACAUCUGGGGAGGAUGCGAAUGUCGCAAGUCCUCGGUACACUUACGAAGACUAUGCUGUCCACUUGGUCCCACCGUUGGACCAACCGCUCCACGUGCAACAAUCUACCGCAUGCACGGUUUCAUCACCAUCGGCAACCGAUUCGGCAGCUUCGCCGCCAUCUAUCGCCGGGGAUUCAACGUCAUGGUCAAGACUUGAAGAGCUCGACCCGUUGACAUUUGCGGACUUCCAAUGGAUGCCCCUUUCCCGGUAUGGUCGAUUGCCGAAACCACAUUGCAACGUGCUCAUGGCACAAUUGCGGGAUUACUUGCACACUGCUGUACCAACUAUGUUGAUGGACGCCGGAGUAGAGGUUGUCGACGUUCACGCCUACAUUGCUAAGAUCGACCGCGAGUUCAAGACACAACGAUACAACGACAUCGAUGCACCAUUGUUAUAUGUACGCAUUCAGAUCGGAGAGGCGACCUGCAGCGCUUUGAUCGAUUGCGGAGCAUCUCGCAACUACAUCAGCCAGGACUUCAUGGUACGCGCCGGCCUUGGCCUACGUGUCCGGAGGAAGUCCCAGCCUACGCAAGUCACGUUGGCAGACGGUCACACGCAGAAGUCAAUUGACCGGUACAUAGGUGACGUCCCCGCGUACUUUGCCCCGCAUGUAAGCGAGGCGGUGUCCUUCGAUAUUUUGGACACCAAAUUCGACAUGAUCUUGGGCAUGUCAUGGCUGCGAAGUGAGGAUCACCCGGUGAACUUCUACCGCCGCACCGUUCACAUCCGUGAUCGGAACGGAGCACUAGUCUCAUGCACGGUAGCUCCUCCUCACCCUUCGAUCAGCUGCCACGUGGUGUCCGCCACAAGCUUGCGAGCUUCCAUCAUCAGAGACGACAUGGAGGAGAUGGGGGUGUGUUUUCUCCACACCCUCCUGCCCCAUGACGCUUCAUCGACGGACUCAUCUUCGAACCCACGCAUCACCGAGCUUCUCGACGCCUACGACGACGUGUUCGAAGGCCCGCACAGAGUAGUACCGGAUCGGCCCAUCCGCCACGAGAUCAUCCUUGAGGACGGGGCCGUACCUCCACGCGGUUGCAUCUACCGAAUGAGUGAGGAAAAGUUAAGUGUGCUACGGGCACAACUCGACGACCUUCUGGAGAAAGGUUGGAUUCGGCCUAGCUCAUCGCCAUACGGUGCUCCUGCUCUCUUCGUCCGGAAAAAGAACAAGGAUUCGCAGUUGUGCAUCGAUUAUCACAAGCUCAACACGCAAACGAUCAGAAACGCCGACCCUCUUCCACGCAUCGACGACCUUCUCGAACGGCUGGGCGGCGCCAAGUUCUUCUCCAAGCUUAACCUCAAGUCGGGAUAUCACCAACUCAAGAUUCGGUAGGAGGACCGCUACAAGACUGCGUUUAAGACGCGAUAUGAGCAUUUCGAAUGGCUGGUUAUGCCAUUUGGCCUUACAAAUGCCCCGAC